AUGGCUUUUGUACAACAACAUCGACAACCUCGCCGGUCCCGUCUCUCUUCUGACGAGCCAGUUGUUUCUCAACGCACACGGGAGCUAACCCGAUCGUCCACCCUUUCUGAAUCUGACAAUGAUUGGCAUGUCAUCAGUUCUGCAUUGCCAUCCUCUCCCCGUUCACAUCCCUCGCCUGAAGCCGUAUCACCUUCUCUCGAACCAUCCGAACCAGAAUCAUUUUCUUCAUUUAGACCUUCGGAUACUGAAUCUAUAUCUGAUAUCGACAUUCCUAAUGCUCUUACGUUUGUGCCUGUUUUCGCCAAUCUGCCUGUCCAUGAUGGCACAGGCACGUUCCUGGACGACUCUGAUUCCCAACUCGACUCUGAUUCACCUAUCGCAUUUGCACGGGUAGUCCGUCGUAUUCUACACUCUCCCCAACCAGCCACAUGGGCAACUUAUGAAGACGAUUUUGAACCCAAUUCACCCUCUAUGCCAAACAUCCUUUUACCAAAUGGUGGUAUCGCCCCACCUUCAUUUGCGAGCCAACCACAAGCAGAAGCAGAAGCAGAAGCAGAAGCAGAAACAGAAGCAGAAGUAGAAGCAGAAGUAGAAGAAGGAAAAGAGAAGAUCCAGAGUUUGCAUUCUGCACUAAUUCUCCCUCAAGGGUUAUCUGAAAGCGAGUGUUCCAAGAGUACUCAAGAUAAUGAUGACAUCAAAUUUACACGACGGAAGCAUCGCAACCUCGACAGCAUUCCAACCCACCACCCUUCAAUUCCUGGUAGCUCUACAUCUGCUGCGAUAUUGGCUACAGUAUGGCACCAUCUGCGCCGUCUGACAAAUCAUCUGAUAGAAAACGACACAAAUUCAACAGAAACAUUUAGUAACCUCUUUUCAGAGGCUGCACUCGAAGGCUGUAUGCCUUUUGGCUCUCACCUCCACAUGGACUUUGGAACCGGGCUUCGAUCUACCUAUGCAAGCCCGAGAAUGGAAGGCAUGCAAGGUAGCUAG